AUAGAAUUAUAAGUAUUUUCAAAAAUGGAAUCCAGUCAAAUAGCUGACUUUAAUUUCUCAAACCAGUUAAAAUUUAAUAUCCAAGACUUGACAUCACAGGAAGACAGUGGUGAAAGCUCAGAUGAGUUUUCUCCUGAAAAUGAGUUUUUGACUGAAGAGCACCGAAAGUUAUAUAGUCAAUUGACACAAAAAGAGAAUGAAGUUGAAAACGAGCUAGAAAAACUCCUCUCAAGGCAUUGUCAUUUGGAAACGAAAAUCCGUGGUAUCACCAAAGUUUUACCAAAUUUGGAAAUAAUACAUUCUGAUGCGAAGCAGUUGUAUGAAAUGAUUUCUUUUGCAUCAACAUUAGCAGAAAACGUUAGUCAUAAAGUCAGGAAGCUGGAUAUUGCUCGUAGUCGUGUUUCUGAAUGUCAGCAAAGAGUUCAUGACCUCUUAGAUUUACAAUUAUGUUGUGAUGGAGUACAGACUUCAAUGAAUUCUGGAGAUUUUGAAAAGGCUGCGGCUCAUAUUCAUAGGUAUUUGGCUAUGGAUCAAAAUCUUCUGGAAAAAACAGCUGAUGACGUUCACCAAGAUUCAAAAUCAGUAAAUAAUUCAAUAAGUUUAUUAAAGGAAGCAGCUGUGAAGUUACAGGAAAUAUUGACUUCUAAGUUUAAUGACGCUGUCGCCAAACAAGAUUCAAACUCUGUCGAAAGAUUUUUCAAAUUGUUUCCCCUACUUGGCAUGCAUGAUUAUGGAAUAGAGAAAUUUUCUGAUUAUCUAGUUGAUAAGGUUGAAACGUCGUCUAGAAAACAUAUGAAGACAGCUUCUGAGACAAGUUUAACCGAUAAGCGUGCAGCAGUUCUUUACUCUGAUUUACUAACGCAUUUGUUCGAAGAUAUUGCAAGGACUAUUGAAACCCAUCAACCUUUAGUCGAAACCUAUUAUGGGCCUGGGAGACUUUUAAAAUUAGUCUGCAGGUUGCAAGACGAAUGUGAUAGGGCAAGUCAGGCUGUAUUAUCUGAAAUGUGGAGAUCUAGAGGCUUGGAAAAGUUAACAUCGAGCAUCAAAUCCGGUACUCACAAGAGUCGCGGAGACCCUAAGGAAUUCGACCAGCUCCUUGGCGAAUUGGCAACCGCUCACUCACGCUACUCACUCUAUCUUCAUUUUCUCCGAAGGAAAAUUUCCAUGGAUACAGAAGAAGAAAAACAGCCGACUGUGCUCGCUGCUCUAGAAGAGAAGUUGAAGUCGUGCGUUCUCUGCCGAACAAUGGAAGAGCUCCUGAGCGCCUACCUCAUCCUGGAGCAUCACUACAUGGAGGAGAGCGUAAGGAAAGCCAUCGCCAUGGACACCAUCGAAUCAGGGUCCCAGUGUUCCAGUAUGAUCGAUGAUGUUUUCUUCAUUGUUAAAAAAUCUAUAAGGAGGGCAAGUUCUACUGGUAGCAUCGAUGGCGUUUGUGCUGUUAUCAACAAUGCGUGUGGUGUUUUGGAGAACGAGAUGUGUACGAAACUCAACGCCACCCUUAAGCAAGGCUAUCCGACUGGUUAUUUAGACCUAGCCCAGGCUUACAGUAUGAUUCAUGCAAGGCUUCAGCCAUCCGACACCGAGCAAGCUAAAUCUUUAUUUAUUGCCCAUUUGAACAACACAGAAAUCGGAAGUGAAUAUGUAACAACUCUAGCGAGUGGUUUAGCACAAGAAGUUCAAUGUCCUACUCAAACAGAUAGAUCAAAACUGGAAGGUUGCUUAUCAGGCUUGUCGAGCGUCUGUGCCGCGAUGGGAAUGGCUCAAGACUUAGGCCUUCAGCAGCUGGCGAACGCGGCCAUCAAACCCAGGCUGGCCCCAUGGAUUGACUCGUUUCUUGCACUUUCGCACAAUCUCACUGAAGAAGAGUUUUCCAGUUACGAAGCCAACGAGCCCUUUGUUAGAAGUUUGAUUGCUAAUAUCGAUGGUAUAGUUUCUGAAUUCAGAUCAUCUUUGACUUCAGGAAAUUUUGAAUCAUUGGUGACAUUUUUGGCUGAUGAAGUCAAUAGCCAAAUGGAAAGGGUUAUUAUGAAAAUGGAAUUCAACAGACUUGGCGGGCUGGCUCUUGAAAGGGAAGUUAGGGCGCUGACUGGAUACUUGAACAGCACUACAUCGAUGUCUAUAAGAGAAAGGCUCGCUCGACUAGGUCAGGUUGCCAAGCUUCUCAACAUGGAAAAGAUCAAUGAAAUUUCCGAUAUCUGGACAAGGUUCAAUUGGAGGUUGGCUCCAGGAGAAGUGAAGAAGGUUCUCAAAUUAAGGGUGGACUUUCCAAAAGAAGAAAUAAUGAAAUUGAAACUGUGA